CACACGAGAUACAAAUGCCCCUCUUCCCAACGCCUGAUGCAAAUAUCUUUCUACAUCCAGUGAACUUGACCUGCUGACGAAAUCAAUCCACCAAAGCCUCUGCUUCCAUUGAUCAACAUGUCUCAGCUCGAGCGCUCCCUCAAAGCAACCAGUCUCUCAGAGACACUUAGUACCUAUGAUGAAUGGGCAAACACCUACAACCAGGAUGUCGAGAAAGAAGAAUACGUCGCUCCCCAACUCGCGUCUCAAGAUUUAGUCACCCAUCUCGGCACUCAAAUCUCCUCAGCUAAAAUUCUCGACGCCGGCUGCGGAACAGGCCUCGUCGGCGAAGCGCUCACAAAGCUCGGUGCUUCAAACCUUCACGGAAUCGACCUAAGUCCCGGUAUGCUUGAAGUCGCUGAGCGAACAGGCGUGUACCAAUCACUCAAUGUCGCCAACCUCGCCGAAACGCUUGAUAUCCCCUCACAGAGUUAUGAUGCGGUCAUUUGUGUUGGGACUAUGACGGAGGGUCAUGUUGGACCCGAGGCUUUUGAUGAGUUUGUGAGAGUUAGCAAGGCUGGUGGCGUUAUUGUCUCGACGAUUCGGGAGUCGGUUUGGCAGGCGAAGGGGUAUGAGGCCAAGGUCAAUGGACUAGCUGAUAAGGGGAGGGUAAAGGUUGUAGCGAGGAAGAGGGAACAUCAGAGGAUUGGAGCUGGUGUUUAUGCGUAUUUUGUUGUUCUAGAGGUUCAGUAGGUCCACGAUGACGAUAACCUUUUCAGCUCAACUUGGGCUAUUACAGGUAGUUAUUACACUACCUCCAGAUAAUAUUUGAGACGUCUUGUUAAAAGCUCAUAUGCCUGUUUUCUGGCGGUUGCAUCGCGGGAAACAUCUCGUAGCCACAUGAUAGGGAUGGUGAUGUUGUAGGCUGACUACAAUCUGGCUCACGUCAGAUCA